AUGGAGAGAACCACGGAAAAGCGCAUGUGGUACCUGUAUGGGCCACAUUUUACGGUCGUUCGACAUGGACCAACCCAAUAUCCUUGGAUGGAUUUGGGCCAGGCUUGGCAAGAGGUGGAACUCAUUUCUUUGCAAGUCACUUGGCUGAAGCGGUCCACGGAGUUGUCGUCAGAGUUACAGGAGUCUCAACGGGCCGUGGUGCCGCUGGGGGCGCGAUUGAACGCACGGCUUCGGGCAGUGUGUGGAGAAGAGAGCCGGAGACAUAGUGGGAGCAGAGAUCAUUUCGAAGCCAUCUUGGCGCCUGCAAGUGAACGUGACCUGCAGCUUUGGCAGCUGCGCUGGAUCAUCUACAAACCCCAUUGGAAAGUGGAUGGCAACAAGGCAGUUGCUCUGCAAUUCACUUUCCUCAAACGUUCUUGGCAGGCAUCACACCUCCUGCCGGCACACGAGAAACUCUGCAUCCGUUCCGGAGAGACACUGCAGUUGCAGGCUCCUCCCAGAGCGCUGGGCAGCGACGGCGUGGCGCACACCGGAGUCAUCACUUUUGUGCAGGACCACGCAGAGCUCGAUCUGUCAGAUGCAGAGCUGCAACGUGUGCAUCGCCGGGCGCCGCGCCCUGCGCUUUGCAAGUACUUCUCGGCAGAUGCAGCGACGUUGUCCAGGGAGAUACAGACUUGCCUCACCGAUGCCAUCUUUGGGCCUGGAUAUGGUGGGUAUCCUGGGUCACAGGUGCAACGUCUGCAUCCCCAAGCCUUGCUGUUACCACAUGGCGCCUUUUGCAAUUCUGGUUAUGUGGCAGCUCAUGGUUUCCGACUGCUGGAAGGGAUGGACCUUUCAUUGGCCAUCAUCAUAGGGAAUAACCACUGCUGCUGGAACCGCCUUGCUCUUUGCGACCAGGAUUGGGCCACGCCUUUUGGGCUGGUGCUCGCAGAUCAGGUGGCUCUGAAGAGGAUGCAGGAGAUGUGUCCAUCCUAUGAAGUGAAAAGGCUGGUGCAUGCGGCGGAGCAUUCGAUCGAGAAUCAACUACCCUUCCUCCAACAUUUGCACCCGAAGUGUCAGAUUCUUCCGAUCGGUGUGGGUGCAGUGAACCUAGAAGACGCCACGCAGAUAGCCUCAAACGUAGCUAAGCUGGUGAUGGACAGCGGUCCUGGCACCCUGCUGCUUGGGACGACGGACUUUUCGCACGAGGGUCCAAGUUAUGGCGGUCCCACUUUGCCAAUGGCCGAGAUCACAGAACUCACUCGACAGAAAGACAGGGCACUGCUGCAAGCUGUGAGAGACAUGGAUGCGGAGAAACUGUUGGAGAUGGCCGCCGACAAGGCACAGCGCUGCAGUAUGUGUGGUGCUGGUGCUGCUUCCGUGCUUCUGCUGGCAUGUCGUGCUCUCCAGCUUCGGUGCCGGCAGCUGCGCUAUUUGGUCAACACUGAGGUGACCCCAUGCGACAGCACCACUGGCUUUGCGGCCUUUGCAUUCGAACGUGUGCCUUGA